AUGUCCGGGCCCACCUGGCUCCCCCCGAAGCAGCCGGAGCCCGCUCGAGCCCCUCAGGGGAGAGCGCUCCCCCGAGGGGCCUCGGGGCCGCCCCCGGCCCACGGAGCAGCGCUCCAGCCCCACCCCCGGCUCAAUUUUUGCCCCCUCCCAUCUGAGCAGUGUUACCAGACCCCCGGGGGACCGGAGGACCGGGGGCUGGCCUGGGUGGGGUGCCACGGAGCACCCCAGCACUCACAGGGCUUCCCCCCAGACAGGGGGGGCUUGCGCCCGGGAAGUCUGGAUGCUGAGAUAGACUCCCUGACCAGCAUGCUGGCUGAGUUGGAUGGGGGUCGAGGUCACGCCCCACGACGGCCUGACCGGCAGGCUUACGAGCCCCAUGAACCCCCAGCCUACCGCUCAGGCUCAGGCCCCCUGAGGCCAAAUGGAGGGGCGCUUCCUCCCCCGCCGCUCCCAGGGCCCCCCUAUGGGGGCCCCACUCCGGCCUCCUACGCUACGGCCAGCACCCCUGCCGGCCCUGCCUUCCCUGUGCAAGUAAAGGUGGCACAACCCGUGAGAGGCUGUGGCCCUCCCAGGCGGGGGGCCUCUCAGGCCUCCGGGCCCUCCCCGGGCCCCCACUUUCCUCUCCCAGGCCGAGGUGAAGUCUGGGGGGCUGGCUACAGGAGCCACCGCGAGCCAGGGCCAGGGGCUAAGGAGGAGGCCGCGGGGGUCUCUGGCCCUGCAGGCGGAAGAGGAGGCGGGUACGGGUCCCAGGUCCCCCCGAGCCAGCCUCCCGAGGAGGAGCUUGAGAGGCUGACCAAGAAGCUGGUGCACGACAUGAACCACCCGCCCAGCGGGGAGUACUUCGGCCGGUGCGGUGGCUGCGGAGAAGACGUGGUCGGGGACGGGGCCGGGGUGGUGGCCCUGGAUCGAGUCUUCCACGUGGCCUGCUUUGUGUGUGCCGCGUGCCGGGCCCAGCUGCGGGGCCAGCAUUUCUACGCCGUGGACAGGAGGGCAUACUGUGAGAGCUGCUAUGUGGCCACCCUGGAAAAGUGCUCCACGUGCUCCCAGCCCAUUCUGGACCGGAUUCUGAGGGCUAUGGGGAAGGCCUACCACCCAGGCUGCUUCACCUGUGUGGUGUGCCACCGCGGCCUCGACGGCAUUCCUUUCACUGUGGAUGCCACGAGCCAGAUCCACUGCAUCGAGGACUUCCACAGGAAGUUUGCCCCAAGAUGCUCAGUAUGUGGUGGGGCCAUCAUGCCUGAGCCAGGUCAGGAGGAGACCGUGCGAAUCGUAGCUCUGGAUCGCAGUUUUCACAUUGGCUGUUACAAGUGUGAGGAGUGUGGGCUGCUGCUCUCCUCUGAGGGUGAGUGUCAGGGCUGCUACCCGCUGGACGGGCACAUCUUGUGCAAGGCCUGCAGUGCCUGGCGGAUCCAGGAGCUCUCGGCCACGGUCACCACCGACUGCUGA